AUGUAUAUCCUCCUCGUCACAGUUGCUUUGUGCUUGCUGCUUGGAUUCCAGCCGGCGGUGGCCACGUCGAACUUCAGGGUGCGCGGCCUACAAGCCGCUGGACUUCGGGACGCGGCGUUUCGCAACUCUGUCCGACGAGAAAACUUUGGUAAACACAUUGAGCGGCUCAAUUCCAGACAGACUGCACCUCUUCCUAUAGCCCCGACAGCUCAGUGCGACCAGUACGAUGGUUAUUUCUACGUCAGUUCCAGCAACUACACAUGGCAACUCCAAUGCACUACCAAUUACAUUGGAAGUGUGAUUUCGACAGAGAAUGCUAACAGCUUGGCUGCUUGUAUCGAGAAUUGCGCCGCCUUCAACGUUGCGAACGAGCCGGGUUCAUGCCUAGGAAUCAACUUCAACGCGGCCAAUGAUGCAGCCGUAGGACAGUGUACACAGUACUCAGAUGUGCAGGAUUUGCUGUUGGCGAGCGAGGAAGGGAGUAAGAAAAUCCAAAAGCGAAAUAUACAAACGAGCUUCUCGAGGAGAGCCUUCACCCUAAAAAUCCCACACACCUUUGGUAAUAGAGCACCGUGGAAGAGAAACGGGCUGAUUUGCGGAAAAACAAACAGAUGUACAGGAUUCUGCACUAUUGAUUCUAGGCCCAGAUGGACAUAUCUAUGCCACACCGCAGCCGGCACCGACUUUUUCUGGUGCACCGAGUCAACCUCCAACCGCCGAUCCAAUCCCAACAUCGACCACAAGUGGCCCAGAUGCCUCCUCCUCAACCAGCACAACCAUGAGUACGACUGCAUCAACCACUAG